AUGGCCUCUCUUGGAGAAGUCACCUUUGACUUCACAUUCCCAUGUGAUCCUUCAACGCCUCCCAGCUUCACCUUUGACCCAUCUCUUUUGGAGAUCCCCUACAACCAAGGUCAUGCUCGCUCCAGCUCACUUUCAUCCAUCUACUCUUUCGAGUCCACACCAUCAGAGCCCGUCUCGGCACCCAGCACCCGCCGGACCACCCCAGCCCGGUCUCCCAUCCGGACUCAUGGGCCUCUUCUCCUGCCCAAGAUCCGCAGCCAGGAUCAAGCCAUCGGCCCUUCCGCUGCUGCCCCGGCUGCCAAGCGCCAAAGGACAUCACCAACCCCAGCUGCCCCCAACAAGAGCGCCUACCGCCCAACACACGCCCGCAGCUACACCAGCCCAGAGGCCAUCUCCUUCACCAGCUCGGUCUCUUUCACAGAUGAGAGCAACCCAGCACCUCUUCUCUGCUCCCCCGUGAGCUUUGCCCACGAUUCCGCCGCAAACCACUCCCGGAGAGCAUCUUCCUGCAGCGUCGAAAACAUCAGCUUCCCCAGCCAGGUCACAUCAUACCGCCCCAUGCCCACAUACGUGCCCGCCAGACGCACCAGCACAAGCCCCACACCGCCACCCCAACCCCAACCCCAGACCCAUCUCUCCCAACCCGAACAGUACAACCUCUACCAACAAUAUAUCCCAAGAGCGCCAUCACCAUUGGCCGCUGCCGCCCCCAUCGUCCCAGACAUGACCCCCUCCACAACCCUCUACUCCUACCUCACCUCCUCCAACCCAGCCCCAUCCCUCGUCAGGAGCAUCUCCUUCCCCCUCCGUGACCCGAACAUCAAGCACUUUUGGUGGGACGUCCGCCAGAUCAGACCAUGGACCAACUUCACCGCCCAGAGCCUCCUGUCUCUCCCCGGCGCGGAGUCGUGCCUUUCCACCCCGCUCUCAGCGGCUCUGCUGCCCAGCAUUUCCGCCGGCGGGCAGAGACACCCCGAGACGGAGGCGGCGCUUCACGGGAUCUACGCGGGGUAUUACCUCCCCAAGCUGAACAAUGCCCUCGCGCUGUCGUCAACACAGCCGGUGCAGCUGUCGGUGCCGAAGAAGGCUGCUGCUGGGAUGAACACGGAGUGCAUGUUUGUGGGCAACGUCCCCGGCGACGAGGCCAGCGCGGCGGCGAUCUUCGGGGGCAAGCCGAUGGCGAGGGUGGUGGGGAUUGUCAAGAGCUUUGAUCGGUUCAAUACCGGGAUGAGGGUGGAGGGGAAUGUGAAGAGGGUGGAGUACCUCCGCGGUCUUGCGCAUCUGCAUCAUGCGAUGAGGGAGCACGGGUGUAGGUAUGGGUUUAUUCUGACCGAGAUUGAGCUUGUGGUUGUGAGGAAUGGGGGGGAGAGGACGCCGCAUUUUGGGUUUUUGGAGGUGACGAGUGUGCAGCUGAACAAGACUGACGAUCUGGAGGGGCCGGUGGAGGCGGAGAAUGCGGAGAUGACGGCUUGUUUGGCGCUUUGGGGGUUGUGCAUGCUGGCUGGGGAUGGGGCGAUGCCGGGGGAGGCGCAUUGGAAGAGCGAGAUCGGGGCGCCGGCGGAGGGGACGAGGAGGAAGGCUUUGGAGAGGGAUGGGUGGAUGCCGCAGCCGCAGUUGGCGGAGAAGAGGGAGGCGAAGAGGAGUAGGGGGUGGGUUUGGCCUGAGGAUGCGGUGGGCAGGAAGGAGUUGGGGAAGAGGGGGGUUAGGUAUGGGGGUUGUUAG